AUGAACUCAAUUCGCAUAGUACAACGACUCCGACUCCAAGCCUCCCAUCUCCAACCCUCACGAGGAGCAAGACUAUCACAACCAUCAGCAAGUCAAAGUCUCCCCAGAAGAUUAGCAACCAUGGCAGCUACCACCGACCCAAAGAAAUACAAGUUCAACCACUCCAUGAUCCGUGUCAAGGAUCCAAGGGAGUCGGUCAGGUUCUACGAACUCCUCGGCAUGAGUGUGAUCCAAAAGUUCGAGUUCCCUGAGGCCAAGUUUGACCUGUACUUUAUGGCAUACGACUCGCCCAAGGCCAAGUCGGGCGGCAACAACUAUACGGACCGUGAGGGAAUCAUUGAGCUUACGCACAACUACGGCACUGAGGCCGACGCCUCGUACACUGUCAACAACGGCAACAAGGAGCCCCAUCGCGGCUUCGGCCACACCUGCAUCAGCGUCGACAACAUUCAGGCGGCGUGCAAGAGGAUCGAGGAUGCGGGCUAUUUGUUUCAGAAGAAGCUUACUGACGGGCGCAUGCGUCACAUUGCAUUUGUUCUGGACCCGGAUGGCUACUGGGUCGAGAUUAUCGGGCAGAAAUCGAUUGAGGAGACGGAGAAUGUGGCGACGACGGAUGUCCAGACCUACCGCAUGAACCAUACCAUGAUCAGAGUCAAGGAUGCCGAAAAGUCGCUCAAGUUCUACCAGGAGGUGCUCGGCAUGAAGCUUCUCAAGGAGAACGCCAACCCAGACAACGGCUUCACGCUGUUCUUCCUGGGAUAUGAGCAUGCUGGACCGCACAGCGCGGACCGUGAAGGCCUUCUCGAGUUGACGUGGAACCACGGCACGGAAAAGGACGAGAACUUUAGCUACCACAACGGCAACGAUCAACCUCAGGGAUUUGGCCACAUCUGCAUAUCUGUCGACAACCUGGAUGCCGCCUGCCAGCGGCUCGAGGACCUCAAGGUCAACUGGAAGAAGCGUCUUACAGAUGGGCGCAUGAAGAAUGUUGCCUUUGUUCUGGAUCCCGACAACUAUUGGGUUGAGAUUGUGCAGAACGAGCGACUGUCGGGCAAGUCGAACUUUUGA